CAAGGAUUGGUACGUGUAGCAUAUCCAGCCGUCCGAUUAUUUUUCGAAAAAAACAACCAUCCCGCCAUUACAGCCCCUUUAUAUUCAACCUCAAGUCCGUAUUCGCGAACUUAAUCGUCGGAUAAUAUACAGUUCAUCUAUUGAUCGUUGCAAUUAAUCUUCGAAUUCCGGAACUUAGAUUCUGAAUUUUCAACCAUGGAAGGAACCAAAGGCGCCGGUGGAAGAAAAGGUGGUAACAGAAGUAAGAUAUCGAAGUCGGCGAAGGCCGGACUGCAAUUUCCUGUCGCAAGGAUCGGUCGGUACCUUAAGAAAGGCCGUUAUGCACAGCGCACUGGCGCCGGAGCUCCGAUCUACUUGGCUGCUGUCCUCGAAUAUCUCGCCGCUGAGGUUUUGGAAUUGGCUGGGAAUGCUGCUCGUGACAACAAGAAGAACAGGAUAAACCCUAGGCAUGUUCUUCUGGCUGUGAGGAAUGAUGAGGAGCUUGGAAAAUUGCUUCAAGGAGUCACCAUUGCCAGUGGUGGUGUUCUUCCAAACAUCCAUCCAGUCCUCCUUCCCAAGAAGUCAUCGUCGAAUUCCACUUCUCCUGCAGAAAAGGCUCAGAAAUCGCCAAAGAAGGCCUAAAUUAAUUCUCUAUAUUGUUCAUCUCCUUGUCGGAGUUCUACCGGACGGGCAGGGUGCAGGCACGGGUUUAACAGAGACGUUCGUGAGUUAUUCCGAGCAAUGAAGACAGCGCCAGAUGAUUCAGUUUCUGGUAAUAUUUAUGUUAACCACUAUGAUCUUCAAUCGAAAUGCUGAUUUUUCUCCUAUUGACGAAUUUGAUGAGCUAACACAACAUGCUUUGGCGGAUUGCCGCUGUUGGCGCUGCUGGACUUUGUUCUUGUAUGCCACAAUCGGAACAGAUGAUAGUAAGUUCUUCAGCUCUUCGAAUGGCUAUCAAGAAAUUAAUGUACGGAAAUAGUUUUUAAACUCGAA